AUGGGUCUUGCUUAUCGUAUCUUCUCCUCCACCUCUAUACAAUUUUCUCCUCUUGAGUUUUUUCACAAAGGUUUUCUACCGGAAAACACACUGCCGCCGGCGCUGGAAUCUGGUAAUCUUACGGUGAAGGUGAUGGACCAAAGUUCACGAAAUGGAAAAUGUGAUUUCUAUAUAGGAGAUUGGGUACCAGAUACCACUGGUCCAUUUUACACUAAUCACACUUGCUAUUCCAUUGAAGCUCAUCAAAAUUGUAUGAGAAAUGGGAGGCCUGAUACUGGCUAUCUUUACUGGAGAUCGAAGCCAAGAGAUUGUGAGCUACCUAAGUUCAAUCCCAAGAGGUUUCUUGAUAUGACGCGACACAAAUCAUUAGCCUUCAUUGGUGAUUCAAUUAUGCGCAAUCAUGUGCAGUCAUUGCUCUGUAUUCUCUCUCAGGAGGAAAAAGGUGUAGAGGUUUACCAUGACAAGCAAUACAAAAGCAGAAGAUGGUAUUUUCCAAUUCAUGACUUAACUCUUUCAGUUGUCUGGUCACCUUUUCUUGUAAAAGCCACUAUAUUUGAAGAUGACAAUGGAGUUUCAACGGAUAUAAUCAAGCUCCAUAUCGACAAACUUGAUGAUGUUUGGACUCAACAGUUCGACAAUUUUGAUUAUGUAGUUAUAGCUGGAGGGAAAUGGUACUUGAAAACUGCAGUUUACUAUGAGAACGGUAAGAUUGUUGGUUGCCACAACUGCAAGGGUAAGAACAUAACUGAGGUGGGAUUUGAAUAUGCAUAUCGCAAAGCACUGAACUCGACUCUGAAACACAUCACAAUAUCGAAGCACAAGGCGUUUACUUUCUUUAGGACCACAACACCGGAUCACUUUGAGAAUGGUGAAUGGAACACUGGAGGUCAUUGUAAUAGAAAAGGACCCUUCAAAAAAGGUGAGAUUGACAUGAGAGAUAUCGAUGAGGCAAUGCGUAAAAUUGAGUUGGAUGAAUUUGAGAGAGCAUUGAGAAUAAGUUCAGAAGUUGGGUUGACAGUAAAACUGUUUGACACUACUUUCCUUUCGUUGCUUCGGCCAGACAGUCACCCAGGAGUCUACAGACAAUACCAGCCAUUUGCUGGAGGAAACAGACACAGAAAAGUUCAAAAUGAUUGUCUACAUUGGUGCUUGCCUGGUCCAAUAGACUCUUGGAAUGAUCUAAUGAUGGAAACUUUGGUCAGCAGUUGA